CCCUGACAGGAGUCUCCCUCCCUCCCUACCUCCCGUGCCCCCUCUCUGUCUCUGGGUGUCUCCCCCUGCACUUCUCGCUCAGGUGCGACAUUCUUGCGGUGCCUCACUGCCGAGAAGAUGACGGACCCCGCGCCGCCCGACUCCACCGGCGUCCCGCACCCGGCUGUGGUUGUGGAGCCCGCGGCGGAGAACGGCCAGUGCGAGCAGGCGGACUUCCAGGAGCAGGAGCAGCAUCAGCAGGAGCAGCAGGAGCAGCAGGAGCAGCGGAGCGGCACAGAAAGUCCGGGAAAGGGUCUGAAGAUGGACCAGGAGAUGAAGAUCACAGAGAGCAUAGAUGACAAAGGUCUUCUGGAGAGCAGCGUGCGUCUGAAGCCUCACGAAGCACAGAGCUACCGUAAGAAAGCCCUGUGGGUGUCCUGGGUCUCCAUCGCGGUCACCAUCGUCCUCGCCAUCGCUGCUUUCACUGUUUCCAUCAUGCGUCACAGUGCUGCCGCUUUCGGAUUCGCUUUCGACGCAGCCCUGGACGUGUUGUCCUCCGUCAUCGUGUUGUGGCGAUACAGCAACGCAGCAGCUGUUCAUUCUGCUCACAGAGAAUACAUAGCCUGUGUCAUCCUGGGUGUGAUCUUCAUCCUGUCCUCCCUGUGCAUUCUGGGUAAGGCCAUCAAUGACCUGGCCACCAAGCUGUUGCCUGAAGUGGACGGCUUCCUGUUCAGCGUGUCCAUCGUCAGCGGCGUGGCGUGCAUCAUCCUGGCCGUGGUCAAGUUCAUGAUCGGGAGGGUGCUGACCAGCCGAGCCCUCAUCACCGACGGUUUCAACUCGCUGGUGGGAGGAGUCAUGGGCUUCUCCAUCCUCAUCAGCGCCGAGGUGUUCAAGCACGAGCCCCAGGUGUGGUACCUGGACGGGACCAUAGGGGUCCUCAUGGGCCUCAUCAUCCUCUUCUACGGAGUCAAGCUGCUGCUGGACAUGGUUCCACGGAUCCGACAAACCAGGAACUAUGAGCGUUUUGAGUGACGGAGAAGAGAUGAAGAAGAAGAAGAGGAGGGGUUCAGGGGGUGGGGUUGUCAAUUCCCUCCCCCCCCCCACGUCUCUCCACAGAGACCCGGGCCUGGAGGUGCCAGUGACCUGAGGUUCAGGCCGAUCAAACUCCUGUGGCACCUUUUUAAGUGUUUUACAAUUUGCUGUAAAUAUAAAUAAUUUGUCUUUGAACCGUGAGCAGCAGCCCCCCGCCCCCCCCCGCCCCCACCCCGUCAUCGCCUCGUCCAAACGCAGCCUUUUACUUUCCCCAUGGUUUCUAGAGGUGUGUGUGUGUGUGUGUGUGUGUGUGUGUGUGUGUGUGUGUGUGUGUGUGUGUGUGUGUGUGUGUGUGUGUGUGUGUGUGUGUGUGUGUGUGUGUGUGUGUGAGUGAAGUGUUAAUGGUGUUUUGAGGAUGUGUCAACACACAAGGCCUCACAAGGAACAAGCACACAAACUGUCAGUGAUGUGAUUCGCUGUCAACAGUAUUUAUCUGGAGUGACGUCAUAGUGACCUCAUCAUUAGCCUUAUGACAUCAUCAGUCGUGACACACGAGGGAAACAGACUCUGUUUACUUCAUGUUAGUGAAUGUAGUAUUUGUACUUUGGCAUCUUGUGCCACCUACUGGCGAGUAGAGGCAACUGCAUCUCUUGUAUAACUUCAUAUGGGAGAUGAAAUGGAAAAGUUUAUCAGAGAAAGGAACUUUGUGUUGUGAGUCAAGUUGAAGUUGUUGUUUCACAUUCUGAGGUCAGAGAGGAGCUGGAUGAUCUGAUGGUUUGUUUUCCUGUCUCCUUCAGAUCAGAUCCAGAGUCUGUUCUCAUGUCACAGCAGCUGAGCCAGUUUGUGACCAAUGGGUUUGUGGAUUUUAUUUUAAGACGUUAAAACAAAAGGAUCCAUGAAAGGAAGAGAGAGUUCCUUGGUUGGAUUCAUAUGUAGUUUGGAGUUUGACCUCAGUGAGAAUCUGUUUCUGUUGUUUUUCUUUUGUCUUCGUGAUGUUUGACGAACGUCCAGAAGUUCGAAUCUGUGAUGAACUCUGAAUCUUCUUCUUCUGCAUCAUUUCAUUUUCCUUCUUUCUGUGAAAUACUCCAAUCUACUGUGACCGAUUCCACUUUCCAGCAAAGUUCAGCUUCAGUUUGUCGUUGGGCCGGUUGUUGAUGAGCUGAUCGGACAGGAAGUGAUCUGUUGAAUCCACUCAUAAGUUUUUACUCUGAGCCGCGACAUCGUCAAACUUUGACUUUGUCCCUUUUUCCUGUGUUCCUGCUGUUUGAUCACAGGCUGCGGAGACAAGUGGACAUUUAUAUUAUUGAUAUCGUGUCCAUAACGUGACCGUACCCGUUUGUUUGGGUUCAACAUGGUGACAUGUGAAGUAGUAACUUGGUAAUAAAGCUGAUUUGUGUUCUUGAUUUAAAACGAGAAGCUUUUUAAAAGACGUAAUCGUGCAGUUCUGGUGUCAGUCGAAACUAAUCAUCAGCUCAGAUCUGAUUUCAGUUUCCUCCUGUUACUGAACACAAACGUUAAAAAUGUUGUAGACACAGGCGCAGGGCUCCCCAUGUGGCUGCAGGGGGCGCUGUUGCAGAGUGUUGCUUUAAAACAUGAAACAACCAAAUACAAAGUUUAUUUAUAGAGAGAAUGAAACGUCUCGAAUAUACAGAAGCAGAUUUUCGGCCAUGAAAAGAAAACAAGAAGUGAAGUUAGUCUUGAUUCAAAAAAUAAAGAUUCUCAUGCAACGUCUCAUUGUAUUAAAUUAGGAAGUGAACUGUUUAACUUGUUUUUAUCAUGACUGACUUUUCUUCUUGUCCAUCAGGCAGAAAACAGCUUCAAUACAAAGACUGAUAAAAACCAGAUUUCAUAGAGAAUCAGCAGCUUGCUCCUCUGUGUUGUUCUUAUCGCUGUGAGCAGGACGUGUUUCUGCCCUGAACUGUAGAUGUGAAGACUUUAAUGUUACAGAAGCUGUGAUAUAUGAAAUGAUCGAUGUUUCUCUUGCUCCUCCUCCUCGUCUCUGACUCCAGAGCUUGAAUGUGAUUGACAGGAGAGAGGCUGAAUGUACCUUUUCUGAAUCGCUGGUUAAAACAGAAGCUCCAUCUCUUUCAGUUUGAAUACAGAAGCUGAGGGAGUUCAAUUUGAGUCUCAAAGUCCGAGCACAGGAAAUAGAUUCUAGUUCAAAUGAUCAACUGGAGAUGAAAUUAUAAUGAAUAAUUAUAAAAAUGUGUCUAAAAGUUGAAUCUGUGCUCAGGAUCAAAUCAAACUCCAGCAGCUCGGUGGUUCGACUCCUGAAAUCCUCUCUCUCUCUUUCUCUGUGGACUGUACGUUUCUGUGUAAAUACUGAAUGUGAAUCUUCUGUGGUGUAGAACCAGUGUAAAGCACAGUCGGACACUCUGAUCACAGAAAAAGGUUUAUUUAAAAAUAAAGUUAUAUCCCUCUUUACUCA